UACGGUAACACGUGUUUCGAGCCGCCUGCCAGCGUAGAGGGCAUGGCGCAUGCACCCGGUAACAGCGCCACCGUGCCCACUAUCACCACCACAACCAUCAUCACCGCCGCCGCCAGCGAGAGCGGAUAAACUUGCAACUCACUCGCGCGGAGGCUCCCAGAGAGACCCGUGGCCUCGUCUCCAUACCGGGCCGGCGCUCUGAGCAGCGGUUUUGCUGGAGGCGCCAUGGGGACGCUGCUGAGAGCUGCAAGGCCCGGGAUGAGCCUCCUGGUCUCGGGGGCUCGGACCCACGGGCUUCGGGGCCUCCUGACGUCCGUGGUCCGUGCCCGGGGCCCUCUGUGGGACGCCGACAGGCAAACGCCUCCGUCGUGCUGGUCUUGUACGGCAGGCGCUCGCAGGUAUCUUCUCACCGACGACGUCCUCCGGUUGAGGGAGUUUCAGCAGAGGAAGAUCGCUGCAGCCUGCCUCAUUUACGGGAAGAGAGAUUCGUACAUGGCGCUGAUGGAAGAGAAGCUUGCCAAUCACCAGUUGAUCCUCACGGAAGAUUUAAAGACCGCCAUUCAUAUAUGUCAGACGCCAGUUGACGCACAGCUAAUCAUCAAGCUCGUAUACAGAUAUCACGCGGAGAACAGCAAUCUCUUGUUGGGCGACUUUAAUUUCGGUCCUCUGGUGUGUCGCCUCUUCUACGAGCUCGACAUGGCCAAGGAAGCGGUGCAACUCCUGAUGGACCGCAAAUUGAAGGACUUCUUUGGCGACCACACGUCCUUUGCUGUCGUCACUGAUAUGCUGUACGAGAAAGAAGACUACGAAGGCGCCUUGAACGUCAUCAAAGAGAUGCGGCAACGUGGGACUCAGUAUACUAAAGACACGUACCUCCUGGCGCUGGCGCUGUGCUACAAACUGAACACGCGCGAGUCGUACGAGGUCUGCCAGAGCGUGCUGGACGACGCUGAGAUCAACGUGCGCCCCGUCGCCCGGCGCGGAUACUGCUUCGCCGUCAUGCUGGCGAUCAACCAGGGAGAUCUCAAAAAUGCCAGGGCCCUGUACAGCCGCAUCCUGAAGCCAAACUCCAAGGUGUGCCUCAAUCUGCAGGUCCUGCUGGCUGCGCUGACGGGCUCCCGCGCAGAGAUGCUGCACCUCCUCAAGUGCGUGCGCGACGGGAACAUCUCCGACUUCGUGCACAAGAUCGAAAUCUGUCGGGACGUGAUAUCGCAGGUGCAAAGUUCGCUGGAGGGGGAGGCGGGCGACCCGGAGGGCGAGGAUCUGCAGAACCUGUUGGGGCACCUGGAGCGGAUGGGCCACAUCUCGGCCAUGCCGUUCGACACGCUGCUGUGCAGCAAGCCCAGGAGCCAGCGCAACCUCAGCGGCCAAGCGCCGAGGAUGAAGGGCAGCCGCAGCGUGGGCAAACGCAUCGGGGCGCUCAGCCAGACGCUGCUCACGGAAUGACGAGGACGACGAGCGUUGGUGAUGACCACUCCGCACGAUGUGGCGCUGCGUUGGUUAAAAUGUUAUUGUCGCGCAAGGACAAUUAGUCGAUGAGGUCAAUCAAUCCACCAAACACUGCAAUCGGCUGCUUUUCUGUGGUCAAUUACUUUGGUCGCUUUGAGAAUGAACUAAAACUGAACUAAAGUUAUUUUUUUAUUUUUUACCAGGUAAGGCCCACUGAGCUAUAUAGCAGAAGCGACCUGUCACAAUUGGCAACUCAACGAAGUGGCUUAUCGUGUGGAAAAUUAUAGCAGCCAAAUAAUCUGAACACAUUUUUUAAAGUAUGGAAGUAAAAACUGGAGGACACAGAGAAAAAUCCACGUGACCAUAGGGAGUACAUGCAAACUCCAAAUGUGCAGGCAUCGGGGUCGAGAUCGAACCCACGACCUCCUGUACACCAGAAGAGGUCGUUAACAUCUCAACACCAUGGUGUUUUUUUACAUAAAUGCGCACAUUUUGAAUGAAGUUGUAACCUCACUUGUCAUGCGAAGAUAUGAACAUUAACAGCCGGAGAAGUUGAAUGAGCACCAUUUUGCACCGCAAAUGUUCCGUAAAACUCUUUGCUAAGCGCACAGGUCAACACAACCCUGCAGUGGGGGAGGUACGGCAAGGUUGAGAGGUCGCAAAGUCGAGACUUCUCAAGCGACCAGAAGUUCCACACGCAUCAAGAAGCUAAAUAUCGCCGAGCCCAACACCACUCGGAUCCUGGGUUAGAAUCCGUGUUUACUCGGUUACUAAUGGCUGCACAAAAAGCCAUCGCGUUCAAUUUUAAUUCUGCCGUUUAAUUUGGCAAAAUUCCGGCUCUUUGACGAUAUUGGUUUCAACGUCAGGUGACACACAUUGCUCGGCGGCAAGCGAAGGGGAAACUGCUGCCCACUACCGUGUGAAGCAGAGGUCGAGUGAAAGGAUCUCGGGAAGGUCUGACGUUCACUUCCAUGGGCUGUUCUUCGAACACAAAGGUCUUGCACUUCUCUGCGAGAGAUUCAAAUGGAUGUUUCCCGUGUCGUGAUAACGGUAGCACAACUUAGAUAUAUUUCUGGGAAAAGUUUGUUGAAGUUAACACGCGAUGAGAACUCCGUUUGACCCCAUUCCCCGGGCACAUCGAGCAGUGGGCCCGCUGUCUUUACCCCUAGGCAGCGUUUCAUUUCUGCUGUGGUCUGGUGUCGGUGAUAUCUUUCAGUGUGAUGCUCAAGCCACGUCGCUGCUCUGAAUCGGGCUGGCUCGGCUCUUGAAUGUGGCUGAACCGACGAGCGAUGUUCCCAUAGCAAAUCCUUCCGAGUCAAACUAAUCCCAAGUGAGCCUGGUAGAUACCCCGGGCCCCCAGCUGAAGUGACCCAUGCCGCACGCUUUUACCGGGGCUCACCCCAGCAUUGGUUGCAACGUCGCAAGGGCAAAUGGAAAUUAAAGCACAUGCUUUCUGGACGUAGCACGCUUAGUCAACCUUAAAACGCGCUAAAAAUGUAUUAGAACAUAUCGGGAUGUAUGUUGAACUUCUUUCACACCGUACGUAGCCAACUGCGCUAAUCGGAGGUGCGGGAAAAGGACCACAAACUCGUGUAACCCAAAUCUGCUUGAAGUCACAUUCGUAAAAAUUACACUUUCAGACUACUGUCAGACGGCACCAUUGGCUACGGAGGGUUGGGUUAAGGAGGGCGGAACUCGCAGAGCCCGACGACUUGCGUGCAAUGCUGGAUUAAGCUAGUACGGGGCCUGUAGCAUAUGUCAUUAAGGGGCCCUAAAUAAAAAAACACAUUUUAAAAAUGUAUUUGCAUAGUAAGGUAAUUGUAAUUUUUUAUUUGCUGUACAGCCAGAUAAUACGAUAAAAUCACUAACCUUAAACACCCGGUCGUUCAUAAAAGUUGGAAGGCAGUAUAGUACUAUGGUAAUAGAGCAAGUGCAGAAUCACUGAACCGAAAUUAAUAGCUUAAAAUCAUUUAGGGGGGCCCUUGAAAGUGCGCGGCUCGUAGCAGAUGUAGUUACUUUUGCUACGAGAAUAAUCCGGCACUGCUCACGCCGCGUGGAAACCCGUAUCCAGGCCCUGGUGCCGAUCCUGGGCCAGAACUGGGCUAUUCCUGGGCCAGCAGAGCUCGGUUUCGGGUGGCCAUGGAAACGAGGCAUCGAACGCGGUGAGGCAAACCGGCCCGUGCCAAGAGCACUAAGCAUGGGGCCUCAAUCGUCAAGGUGGCCACGGGUCUUCUUUGGAGCUGACGUGAAGUGCGCAUGACGUUUGUAUGGAACACGUCUGUAAAAAGAAGUAAAUGUAAUCUUUUUUUUUGACGACAAGAUGCAUUGACUGUAUUUAAAUACAGAAUAGGUUAUCUUUAAUAAAAAAAAAUAUGAAACGCAGCGUUGGG